AUGGAGCCUUUAUAUGAGGAAUACCUAGCAAAUCGUGGAACAAUAGUAAAACCAUAUUACUGGCUAAGCUUCUCUCUAGAUUGCUGUAAUUGUCCUUACCACAUUCGGACAGGUGAAGAAGCAAGAGUUCCCUACUCAGAAUUUCAUCACAUUUUUGGAUUUCCUUAUGGGCCAACGUAUCCUCAAACAAAACACCUCACAUUUUAUGAACUAAAAACUUCUUCUGGAAGCCUGCUGCAAAAGGGCCAUGCUAGCAGUUGCACUGGGAAUAAUACCCAUCCAGAAUCAAUGCUAUUCGAGAUGAAUGGUAAUUUAGACUCGGGCAUACACAAUAACUACAGCAUCAGGCAUAUCAUUCUGUAUUCCAACAACUCGCCUUGUAAUGAAGCUGACCACUGUUGCAUCAGCAAAAUGUACAAUUUCCUGAUAAGGUAUCCGGACGUCACUCUCAGUAUUUACUUCUCUCAACUCUAUCAUACUGAGACUGACUUUCCUGCCUCUGCGUGGAACCGCGAAGCUCUCCGGAGCCUGGCCAGCUUAUGGCCACAGGUCACUUUGAGGCCAAUAAGUGGUGGGAUAUGGCACUCCCUCCUCAACAACUUCGUGAGUGGUGUCUCAGGACCAACUGUUUUCCAGCCCAUUUUACCAGGGAGAGCACUGGCUGACCGGCACAAUGCAUGUGAAAUCAAUGCCAUAACAGGAGUGAAACCUUAUUUCACUGAUGUUCUUCCCCAGACAAAAGAGAUUCAGGACAUAGAAGCUUUAGAGAGCUACCCCUUAAACAAUGUCUUUCCCGGACAGUCUUUUAAAGUGACAAGUGGACAACUGCAACCCAACUUGACCCCAGAUCUUAGGGUGCCUGUCAUUUUUGUGCUGGUGCCUUACAGAGACCUACCACCAAUCCAUGUGGAUCAAAACCCACAGAAACCCAGGAACAUCGUAAGGCAUUUAAAUACGCCUCAAAUGUCAUUCCAGGAAACCAAGGACCUCGGAAGGCCUCCCAUUGGAAGGCCUGCGGAAAGAGUGGAAAUCACAGAACAGUUUGCAAGUAGCAAAGAGGCAGAAGAAAAGAAGAAGAAGAAAGGGAAAAAAUAA